AGGCAGGAAGACCUUGAGGAACACCAAAUAGUUAAACCCUUCGAUUGGACAUACAGCACUGAUUACUUGGGAACACUUAAACUUGGGCCCUUGAUGACAUCUUUUGUGCCAACCUCAGAGAAGAUUGACAUGGAGAAACUGAAGCUGAAGGAACCCAUUCUCUUCUAUGAUGAGAUCCACCUCUAUGAAGAUGAGUUGGCUGACAAUGGCUGUGCCCUUUGCACAGUUAAAAUUAGGGUGAUGGCCUCUGGGUGGUUUGCCCUCCUCCGGUUCUACCUCCGAGUAGACCAUGUCCUUAUUCGAGUGCCUCCAACAGUGUGGAGAGACCCAAACCAAGUCUGGCCUCACCUGACACUUGUGAAAGAAGUUGUGGAAAAACUCACCCUGCCAUCAUAGUGGACAACUGGAUCCUGAAAUAGCUUUUUUUAUUUUCCCAUUUUUAAAUGUGCUGCCUUUUUCAGAGUGGUUGAGAUAAUGAACCUGCUUGUUCUUGUGCCACUGAUUCUGUGAUAAUUUUUUAAUUCUGAUGCUAAAUCUUGUAUAUUCUGGAUCCUAAGUAUUAGUCAAAAUGAAGUUGACCAUAACAUGUUUGCUACUGCAGGGUCACACAUGUGACAUGUUGUUCCUCCAGAUGGACCAGUGUUGAAUCUAUGCAAUAUAUCUCCUUUGUUUUCAUUUUAUGGGGAGUAACUUCCUACUGGGCAUUCAAACAAGCUUCAUAUUGAUAAUAUGAUCUUGGGAGAUACUCAAAACAUUGUACAGGGUGGUGCAAAAGUCGCA